GACUUUGUUUACUGUGGGAAUAGUCGAUCUAUCUUUUUGAAACGAAAUGGGGUAGGUCGUAUAUAUUACCCAGCCACUUCUCAAGCUGUUAGUGAAGACCAUUAGUGUGUUUUAGGUACUAUGUACCUAGAAGAGUCAGGACUGCGUGUAUCACACUUGUCUUUGUAUUUUUUUUUCUGGAAUGGGGAAUGUUUCUGAUUUACUUGCAUUCUUCGAAAAGCGCAGACCAGAUUUAAGAUUCAGUGGUAUAAUGCAAUAACAAUGUCAGUUACAUUGGAAGUAGCAAAUAUCGAGGAUGAAUAAUCUCGAUGUAUCGAAUUAUUUAGAAUUUUUAUACCGUGAUGCUUGUAUAUUCUAGUAUCUUGUAGUUUAUUGUAAAAGUCGUAGUGUAUGGUGGAAAUGUAUUAAUUUACGAUAUUUUAAUACUUGGAAAGUGAUAAUGCAAGCAAGUAGAUUUAUUAUGUGCAGGUAACAAGUGUUCCAGAAUUUAUGCAAGCAGAAUCAGUAAUGGCUUCCGAGACAGACUCCAAUCCUGUAUGGUGUUGUUUGCCAAAGAAAAUGGUUCUUCAUGUUAUGGAUGCCACAUUCAUGACAUUAUUGCUAGUUGUGCAGGGUACUAUCCUAAAUUAUUAUCUCGUCAGGCAAUACAGCAACACAGUGUUCCCAUAUUUUUGGUUUCUUGCUGAUUUUGCCUGUUUGUUUGCAUUCCUUGGCACACUGACAAUUGCGUAUCAGUACUUAACAGCAAGUGAAGAUGUUUCCAUUCAAGACAGAGUAUAUAGAUAUUCACCAAAACAGGUGUUUGGAAGCAAAUUUCCCACAUCAAAACUUGGAGUAUUACCCCUAAGUUAUGUUUCAUGGUUAUUUUAUACAGGGAUUCUUCUGUCUAAAGUAAUGAUGAUAUUCAAAUCUGAAAUUCCAGAUAAAUUGAUUAAUCAUGAGGUGUUUGGUCCACAGCUGCUUCAAGUAACAAUUGCAACAUCUGGGGUCAUUUUCCUUUUGCUAGUGGAAGGUCACAAUUGGGCACCACGUGACAGUCCUCGUUACACUUACGUAACAUCACUGUGUGCCAAAACAGGAAUUGAAAUUCUAGACACUGUGAAUCUUCUGGCAUUAUUACUAGUGAAUGAAACUAAAAUGGUCCUGACAUUCACAUUGGAAAAUAUAGUACUUAUUCUUUGCUCAUUCAACUUCAUUCUUCCAACACUCGCAGUUUACAAACUUAGUUUGUCUGAUCUCAUAUCUGAACGGUUGUCUUUGCCAUUGAAAAUUGUAUACAAUCUUCUUCAUUUAUGUCUGAUUGACAUUCCAUAUCUUGUAGUCCGUCUUUAUCUUUGGGUUUCCUAUGGAAAUAAUGCUUCCAUCUUUCUUAUGAAAAAUGUGUUUGGUAUUGUUUUUGUGUUGCGAGGGAUUUAUCCUGAUUUUGAGGAACUAGUGAGAAGGCACUGUUCAUUUGAGGAAACUCAUCGAACUGGAAGUAAUGGUUACCUGCCAGGCACAACCUCAGAUGAUCAAAUAGAAAUGGAAACUCUCAAUCCAAAGCCAACAACACCACCAGAGAACACUAAGGAACAUCCUAAGAAUGUGUGAAACUAUUUCAUUUGCAUAUGAUCAGUGUCUAAAGGAUGAAUUUCAUCUAUUGUUGCAGUAUUUUAAACUUUUCAACUAGUUCUUCCAUUCAGUAUACUUAACAUAGAUUUAUAAUAAUAGAUGUAUGUAGCCAGUUUAUUCUGAUUUAAAACAGACGAGAUCAGAACGUUUGUAAUGCUUCCAUUAAAGGUGUAAUAUUACGACAAGUUCAGUGUAAGUGAAUUAAGUUGAAUUGACUUGGGGUAUACUUAGUGGUUCAAGGUCUCACAGACAUACAGAGUCAACUCAUGGAGGAAGGUCAUAAUGUAUUUGUCCUUGAUAUUUCUGUCUUGCUUAAUAUAAUUAAUAUUAAGUACAUAAAAUAUAUUGCAGUAUUGUGUAGUCUUUAAUUAAUAUAAAUUAAUUCUAGUGAUUAUUUUGAAUGGGCUUAGUAAUUAUGCUUAAGUACAUUCAGAAGGGCUUAGUCCAUGGCAAAGUCUAUAUGUGACCUGUUUGUUUAUGAGUUAUAAUAGGUUAUGAUGAACAUGAAUACAUGGUAUUGCUAAUUGUAACUGCAUUUUGCUUGCUGUAUGUAAGAGAAUAGUUGCCAAUUAUACAUAAAAGGGCCAUAAAGAAACAUUCUAAUACACAAAUAUAAUUUUAAAUAUAAUAUAUAUUGUUUCUUUUGUUAACAUUUUGAGUAGGACAAUAACUGAUAAUUUUAUGUGUGUGGUUUCCACUGCACUGAGUGUUACAGGAUUUGUACUGCUUACGUUAUAAUGUUGCAGUACAAAUAUAAAUUGAAACAAAUCUUUGAUGCAGGAUGAUACACGAGAGUAUACUGAGAAGCUAUUGAUUGCCAAAUUUUUUAUGACAUUUGUUUAUGUCACAUUAAGUUGUGUGUAGCUCUCUCUUUGAUGACAUGAAAAUUUGAUAUUUUUAAAGAAGAGCCGGUAUAGUUCUAUACUUUGGCCUAUGUGAUAUAGAUAUAUUUAUCACGCUGUUACGGUACAAAGUGAACACUGCAUGUAUUACUAAGUUGAGUAAGUAACUCUUGCUUAAGCUGGGAUUAACAGUUAAAAUUAAGUUUUAUAGCAGACAUGGAAGUCAUUUCCUUAUAUUUUAAUUUAUUAUUUUUCCUUAACUUAAGGUAUUUGAAUAGAAGUGUAAGGUUGAACCAACAUUUCAAUUUCACUUUCCAGAAGUGUUCUGGUAGACCUGCCUAUAAAUACCUGUUGUGUGUCAUAUUACGACCCUCAGGAAUUUAUGCAAAAUUUCCUCCAACACGUUCUAGCACAAUGACACUUCCCAUAUUUCUUCUUUAGCGUUUGUCCCGUAUGGUUGCGGGGUCCGCUGCUUUGCUUCACACUUCCCGUACGAUUCAUACAAAAAUCACAUUGAGAAGAAGGAGACAGUAAACUCCUCUGGAAUAUUAUCAGGCUACAUGAUACAGCAUCCCAGAGGACAGCGAUCUUCACACUCGCCAUUAUAACCUCAUAUCUCACAAAAAUCAUGUUCUUUGGCAGCAUGUCUAACAUUAACCAGUCACAACCUUAACUCACUAUUCGGAACUGUUGCAUCCUUAUCCCCGUACAGCGAUUACCACUAUUUAACAUAUUAUUCAACACUGUUUCCACAUCACUCAUUUACAAACACAUACCAACAUUACAACAGGAUACUCGCUUAUGAAACUUACUCAUUCACAGCGUUAACAACUACUUAACAAGCUGUUCAACACUAUUGCAGCCUAAUCUACGUUAACUUGUGCCUACUACUUAACACACUAUUUGACUUCAUUGCAGCCAUAUUAAUUUGAAGAUAAAUAGCAACCUAAUAGCAUUUGGUAUUAGAAUUAAUUGACCAAAGGUAGGCAGUUGGUAGCUGGUCAUUCGGAAGUGACAGAUGGAUUCAGAUUUGUAGGAUGGUACACUGUAUAUUUUUGAUUCUCAUUUUGAACUGAAAAUCAGGAUACAUACACAGACAUAUAUUUAUUAAUUUCAGAUAAUUAAUUUUUGUUAAUAUGAAGAUAAACUAUGGCUCUACAUGGUUUAAAGUAAAAAUUGUUAAAUUUUCACGCACUCUUCAAAACUAGUGGACCAAUUUUAAUAUGUGAGAAUGAAAUUUUAUAAGAAUAUUGUGCAUUAACAAAACAGUGCAGAACCCAACAAGCGCAUAAUUUUUCGUUGUAGUCCCACUACAGUGCAGCUCACUUGAAGCAGUUUUUCGAUCAUCUUUGAGGGGUUUAACAAAUAGUAGGCAUGGUCAGGGCUGUAUGGUGGAUGUUGUGUGUCUUCACAAUGCGUCUGCUGGAGUGUUCAGAUGUUUUGGCCAGCAGCGUGAGAAUGGGCGUUGUCAUGUAGCAGCAGAGCGCCAUGGUCACAGAAUCUUACUAUAAAGUGCACUCUUAAUAGUUACACUACAUUACUGAUUAUGCUCAAGGAUUACUCCUAAGAAUACCAGAAAAGUGUAACGUGUUCUGUCCUGUUGACUGAGGUUUGAAUUUGUUUUUUGAUGGGAGAUGUCAGAUGUUCCUUUUUUGUACUCAGUUGUUUACUCUUCAUUUGUUUGUAGUUGAUCUGCGUUUCAUCACAUGCGACAGUGAUGCAGAAAGGACUCGGGUCACUCCUUUCUCUUGAUACCUGUCCCAAAAGCGUUAACAGCUGUCCAAACAGUUUAUGUGUAUGGCAUUCUGUGUGGUGUUUGAGAACCUGUUUUGCACAAACUUUUUGGAAAUUAAUUCUGUCAUGGAUGAUUUUCGUUAGCAGAACUAUGACUAAUCUGCAGUUAGUUUGUCGCUUUGUCAGUAGUUAACCUUCUGUUGUCAAGAUUCAGUCCAUGGAUUUUUUUUUCAGUUUUUCCAUGAGUCAUUGAGUUUAUAAAAGGGUCAUGGCCCAAGAACCGUCACACUUCCUGUGGAUACAGGCAUCUGAGACAGGAUCCACAGCUUCCAUUUUAUAACAUUUAAGGGAAUAAAAUACACUGUGGUUUAAGAGCAGUCUUCUGUUUAUAUUUCAGUAUUUAAAGCCCAUCUGAAUUCUGGUAAUAAACCGCAAGUCUGUGUUUUAUAUUAGUCUGUAUCAGUUUGUGAGUACAUUCGUACAUUUCUGAGUUCAUAAAGAUAUUCUGCAGCUUGUGUGGAGGCUACACAAAGUACCUGUGAUUCAAGACUGUCUCAUUUUUAACCUGUGGCUGCUUUUUUUGUUUCUCGCCUCAAAUUGGGCCCUGAUUUUUGGUAUUGUUUACUCCAGAAUUAUUUGAUUUGUGUUUGUAACAAGAUACAUUAAGAUACAGGAAAAUAUGUUGUUUGCUUCCUGCGAGAAACUCGGAAAGCAGUACUGGUGAUCUAUUUUAAAUUUAUUUUGUCUCCGGAUUUAUGGCGUUUGCUUAUGAAGUUGUCUUUUUUUUAAUGAAUGAAUUUGGUAUUUUUAUUUUGUUAGUAUGUAUGAAACUAAGGCAUUUCCCUGUGUUGUGAUGUGCAGGUACCACACACAGUAGAUGAUUCUUAUACAUGAACAGUCUCUUGCAGGAAAUUGCUUGGCAGUUCUAGUCUUGAGUUAUUCGGCAGUUCCAUCGCAGCCGAGUCGUGGCCUUAUUAUUGCCAUGUUGUUUGCAAUAUGAUGCAACAGUUUACAUAAACUGUAUUAAAGAUAUUAAUUUAAGGCUGAUGUUUCAUACAACGUACCAAGUAUUUUUGUAAUGAUUUUAAAAUUGUAACACUUAAAAAUGUAAUGUCUGUUCUUAUAAAUAAUUGUAACGUGAAUACGAUGUGUUGUAUAAUUGGUAGAGAACUGCAAUGGAGUAAAUGAUGAUAUGCAUUUUUCUGUUUUAUUCCAUUUUGCAGUGAAUUAAUGUACAUUAGAAGCUGUUGGAAAAUUGUGUUAUUUGCUUGUAACCUUAUCGCUGAAAUUAUAAAUAACAACACUGAUGAAUUUA